CAAUGGCCAAAGGAUGAUAAACAUGUAGGAUGGGUAAAAGCACGAGCAUUACCAAAUAUUGGGAAAUGGAUUUAUUAUUCUUUAGUACAGUUUAUUAAGCCUACACCAGAAACAUCAACUCCUAUAACACCAUUAUCAUUGUGGACGAUACCUAAACCAUAUGGAUCAGGCAAAAUAUAUACUAUACAAUUAAAUGAAGCUCUUAAUUAUCAAAAUGUUAAACCCAACCUAAGUUCUGAAAAAAAAGAUAAUAAUAAAUUAUCACACGAAAAUAGCCCUUCAAUUAACCUUUCUUUGCCUUCUAACCAAGAGCAACCACUUAUGGAUUCAGAAAUUCAUAGGUUAUUGUGA